CACUGGAGUAGGGGGGUUGAUCUUGUUCUCCGGUGGAGUGGGGGAUGUAUUUGUUCCAUAGUGGAGUAGGACUGUUCUCCAGUGGAGUGGUACUGACUCUUUCCCUGUGGAGUGGUGGAUGAUCUUCCCCUGUGGAGUGGUGGAUGACUGUGUUCACCAGAGGUGUAGUGGAUGUAUUCACCACUGGAGUGGAGAGGGCGGAGAAGGUGGAGGAUCUCCAAGGAAAAAAAAGUUGGAGCUGGAUUAUACAAGUGUCGAGGCUGCACUGUGAGAGCGAGUCCUUCAAGAUGGACCUAAUCCUCGAUAUCAACUCUAUGAUAUACCCGUUGGACUUUGGGGACAAGUUCCGGCUGGUGUUGGCGACGACGCUGCGGGAGGACGGGUACCCGACGGACGGCCCCGAGUACAACCCCCUAGACACGGGGCCCAGCCGCGCCGACCCCUUCGACUACGUCAUGUACGGCAAGAUCUACCGUAUUGAGGGCGACGACGGUCUCCUGGAGACCUCCGGCAGGCUGUCAGCAUACGUGUCUUAUGGAGGAUUGCUGAUGAGGCUUCAAGGUGAUGCCAACAACCUGCAUGGGUUCGAGGUUGAUAAACACAUCUACCUCCUAAUGAAGAAACUUGCCUACUGAUUACCUGUAUUUCUACCUGAUGAUGCCAAUGGAUUUGUGAAUUCUAUUAUUUUUUUGCAUUGUUUUGUUGCAUCCAUCAUUGAGUAUCUGCCAUACCAUGUACAAAACAGGGACUAUUGAACCCAAUAGUUUGGGGGGCGCAUCUCCAACUUAAUUCAUUUGUAAUAGCUAUAGAUUCCAGCAUAUAAAUACUUUGCCAAUUUCUAAUCAUGCUUAUUAAAUAUGCAUACGUUAGUUUGAGUUUUUCAUUGUGAUAUUUUAAUUAAAAAAAAUACAGGCUGGUCUGUAAGAUUUGCUGUAAGAUUUCAAUGUACAACUUGUUGAAAGUUUAGACCUAUUACAAUGAAGAAAGGCAGUCAUGUGUUUAUUAAAUGUAUUUGUCUGUGAAUGAUUUUGUAAUUCCCAUUUGUAUUCAUUACAGACUUUAAUAGAGAAUUUGUAAAAGUUUUCAUAAUAAAGCAGUAAAUUUAUAAAA